AUGGCAGAAGAAAGUAUAUUCCGGAAUCUCCUGGAAAUCCUGAUGAGUGCCUCAAGUGAAAUUGAACAGGUCUGCAAGGGCUCCUGUGAAUUGGUAGAUCUAGACACCUGCCUGCUGCUCACAGCAGAGUGUUUCAGAUGUCUGAGGAAUGCCUGUGUUGAGUGUGCCAAGAAUCAACAUGUCAUGAGGAGCUUGGGUCUCAUCUCUGCAUCUGUCCAUUUGAUCAAAUUGCUUCAUGGAAUACAAAUCAAAGAAGAAUUGUUAUUAACUGCUCUUCGUUGUAGUCUCCAGUUUCUUGGAAACAUUGCAGCAGGAAAUGGAGAUUCCCAGAAUAGCAUUUGGAAGUGUGCUUUCCCAGACCUUUUCUUGACAUGCCUAACGUACAGUGAUGAGAAAAUUGUUGCCUAUUGUUGUAUGGUCCUGUUCACCUGCCUUAAUUCAGAGAAAGUGAGAGAACUACUGGAUCCUGGGAACUUGACUGUGGCUCUUCAUGUCCUGAAAGUCUACACAGAGCAGUUGGAGACUGAGUGGUCGUUCCUGAUUGUUACAGACCAUUUGCUGAAAUGUCCAGAGUUGGUAAAAGCCCUCUAUGCCAAACUGAGCAAUCAAGAAAGAGUUACUUUGUUAGAGCUGAUGAUGGCAAAAAUAAGUGAGAAGAACCCAGUUAACAGUGAAGAAAUGAACGUGUUUAUGAGACAUGCUGACUUCCUUGCAGGCUGUUUCCAAGAGAAAUGUGAAGCUGUGCUCAAGUUAACUUCUGCAGCAGAUGCAGAAAAUGAGGAAGCACUGGUUACAAUUCGUCUUCUUGAUGUUCUUUGUGAAAUGACAUCAAACAACGGACAGCUAGAACAUCUACAGGCUUUGCCUGGUUUGCUUGAAACAGCCAUAGAUACCCUGAGAUUAACUCAUCUUGCUGGGAAACAGACUGUAAAUAUUUUCACUGCUACACAUGCUAUAACAGGGCAAGAAGAAAUUUCACAUCCAGCUGUGGGUUUUAAAUCUCAUCUCAUUCGUUUGAUUGGAAAUUUGUGUUACAAAAAUAAGGAAAACCAAGACAAGGUUUAUGAGUUAGAUGGCAUCCCCUUGAUCCUGGACAACUGCAGCAUUGAUGACAACAAUCCUUUUGUGAACCAGUGGGCAGUAUAUGCUAUCCGAAAUCUUACUGAACAGAAUGAGAGAAACCAAGAGCUUAUUGCGCAGAUGGAGGAGAAGGGGCUGGCAGAUAAUUCUGCCCUUGAGAGUAUGGGUUUAGAGAUAGAGAAACGAGAUGACAAGUUAAUUAUGAGAUCUGUCAGGAAAAAGCCCUCAUGA